AUGUCAGCGUACGAGAAGACGCUGAUCCCGCCGCUCAACUUCUCGAUGGUGGCCUCGGGCGUCUACCGCUCGGGCUUUCCGAACCGGAAAAACCAUGCGUUCCUGCAGCAACUUGGCCUCAAGUCUGUCUUAUACCUGUGCCAUCAGGAGCACCAGCCGGAAAAUGUGAUCUUUUUCAACAAGCACAACAUCAAAGUGUUUCAGUGUCCCAUUGACGGCAACAAGGAGCCGUUCAUCAGCAUUAACCCGGAUGCUAUGGCGGAUGCGCUACGUCAUCUACUGGACGUGAGGAAUCACCCGAUUUUGGUGCACUGUACGAAAGGAACGCAUCGUACAGGCUGUGUGGUCGGGUGCAUGCGCAAGAUGGAGAACUGGUCGCUAACUUCAAUCAUCGACGAGUAUUGCCGCUUUGCCGGCCCGCGCAUGCGUCUGCUCGAUCAGCAGUUUAUCGAGUUCUUUGCCCCUACGAUCGAGUACGACGAGAGACAGAAACCCAAAUGGCUUUCCUAA